AUGUCGAAGGUGAUUGUUUUUGGCUCUCACGGCAAAGUCGGACAGAAUCUCAUCAAAUUGCUCGCGCUAUCAGACAAAUAUCAGGCCACUGCCGUGAUCAGAAGUCCAACACAGGCAAGCACCCUUAGAAAUCUUGAUGAAGCCACUGCAAACUUAAACACUUCCCAGCUUGAUAUGGGAUCCAGUUCUGUUGAUGAUCUCACAAAAGCUAUUCGUGGUCACAAUGCUGUGAUUUUGACUGUUGGAUCUGCAGGGAAAGAUUUACUAAAGGUAGAUUUGGAUGGAGUGGUCAAGACGUUUGAAGCAUCAGUUCAGGCAAACGUGAGAAGGUUGAUUUUGGUGAGUGCUGUUUAUGCACACGAUCGCGUAUUUGGGGCAGCUACGCCUCUUAGGGAUUAUUACAUCUCAAAGCAUUACGCAGACAGGAUCUUGAAAAACGAGUUCAGGGAUGCCUUGGAUUUUACCAUAUUGAAACCUUCCCGUUUGACAGACGGUGAAGGCACAGGCAGAAUCCGGAUUCUAACCGGUGAACAGGACGUAGGUCUGGUGGAUAGAAAAGAUGUUGCACGAGCAAUUUUUGAGAUUUUGGACGAGAAGAGUACCUUUGGUAAGGAAUACGAUUUUACGUCCGGCGACCUCGAUAUCUCCGACAGGAGGACCUGGGCGUAA